AUGCCUGCAUCAAAUUAUCGCCUUGUUGAGCCACAUCCUUCAGUGCCACACGCUGGCCGUCCAGCCGUCUACACUGGCCGUGGAGGAUGCGGGAAUAUCGUCAAUCUCAAGAACACCAAGACCACCGACUCGCGCAGCGCAACCGGUCCCGCCUCUCUAGCCCGUCUCGACUCCCGCGUCCCAACAGCCUUCAUCUCCGGCCGCGGCGGAGCCGGCAACGUCCACAGCAGCAGCGAGCGUGCCAUCUUCAGCUUCGAUGAAGAACUCGAACGUGAUCUGCGCCAGGCCGCCCCCGUCUACCACGUCGGCCGUGGUGGUGCUGGCAACACCAUGUACCGCGACGACUACAGCACGUCCAGUCUGAGUCGCAAGUACUCUGCCGCCAGCACGGCCACCAACUCCAGCACCGGCUCCGUGGCUGAUCGUGCGCGGGAUAUGGCUCGUCGUGGGCUGGAGAAGGGUUGGGCAAGUUGA